AUGCCCGCCUCCCCGGACAGCCCAGGGACCACCGUGGCUUGUGCCACCCUGUCGGGCGGCCCCGAUCCCGUCGCCUUCAGGUUCGGCCUACUGGCGGACAUCCAGUACACCGACGUGGACGAUCGUUGCAACCACACCGGCACGCAGUGGAGGCGAUACAGGAACUCCCUCGCGGUCGCGCGUAACGCGAUCGACUACUUCAACCAGAGCGACCUCUCCUUCGUGCUGCACAACGGGGACAUCAUCGAUCACCAGUGCGCGUUCGACUUCGCCAAGGAUGAGUUCAAGCCCAAGGCUGAGGGGCUCGAGCAGCUCGGAAGGGUGAUGCGAAUUCUCAGCGGGAGCCAGUGCAAAGACUGGAUGUUCACCAUCGGCAACCACGAGCUGUACAACUUCACCGCCUCCGAGCUGAGGGAAGGGGUGACCCCCGAGGGUUGCACCUUGCCAUUCAAGUGCGCGAACGACGAGGGGAGCUUCUUCUUCAGCAGGACGCCCGCGCCCGGUUGGAGGGUCGUGGUGCUCAACUCGUACGACGUCAGCAUAUACAGCAAGGGCAGGGAGCAGGGCUUGGACGUGGACGCGCUCGAGCUGCUCAGGAAACACAACGCGAACGUGGACAAGUGGGUGUCGGAUAACCCCGAGGGGCUCGAGGGGCUGGGCAACAGGUGGGUGCCGUUCAACGGAGGCGUGGGCGAGGAACAGCUCGAAUGGCUCAAGGGCCAACUGAGCGAAGCCGAGGCGAACGAUGAGCGGGUCAUCGUGUUCUCCCACCUCCUGGUUCACCCGGAGACGACGGCGAACGGAAGCGGCCGCACUCUCAUCUGGAACUACCAGGACGUGCUCGACGCCGUGGAGGACGAGAGGUGGGGUAAAAACGUCGCGGCGGUCGUCUCCGGGCACCAACACGAGGGAGGUCUGUACACGAACGAUAACGGGACGCACUUCGUGGUGAUGGAGAGCCCCAUGCUGGCGGAACCCGGACAGCCGGGUCCCUUCUGCGUGGUGGAGGCGUCGAGCGGGGGCUUGCGGAUGAUCGGGUACGGCAAGGGGCCAAACUCGAAGAUCUUCGGGGCAGAGGAGGGUGAGCAAUACCCGCCGGCGGAACCGAUGGUCAAGGACCUGCCCCUCGCUCCAGUGGAGGCCAAGGCGUAG